CUAAUCCAUGACGCUUAUUGGGUGCGCCGGCUGCUGCGGUGGCUUCUGGGAAGGUUAUUGGCGGCCGAUUGGGUUUGAGGGCGUAGGUGUCAGUGGACUGUCAAAACUGUGUUAGAACAGUGAGGCCAUAGUAUUUGCUGAGCGGCUGUCCAUGCAGAAGAUGCUGUCUCUGCUGUCCCGUGUGCUGAAGGGCCCAGCCCAGAAGCCUGUCACUGGGGCUGCUAAUGAGGCUGUUCGUGUAAUGGUGGCGUCCCGUAACUAUGCAGAUUUUGCAUCAGAAGCUACGUUUGACAUUAAGAAAUGUGACAUUCAUCGUUUGGAAGAGGAACCUCCCACUCAGGCUGUUCUAACUCGAGAAGAGGGGCUCCAGUAUUACAGGACUAUGCAGACAAUCCGACGCAUGGAGCUGAAAUCAGAUCAACUGUACAAACAAAAGAUCAUCAGAGGAUUCUGCCACCUCUAUGAUGGGCAGGAAGCAUGCUGUGUGGGUCUGGAGUCUGGUAUCAAUCCCACGGAUCACUUAAUUACUGCCUAUAGAGCACAUGGCUAUACCUACACACGAGGAGUGUCUGUGAAGGAAAUUUUAGCUGAGCUGACUGUACAUUUUAUCUCUGUUAGUGAUGGGUCCUGGAUGGGACAGAUAUUUGAAAACUACAAUAUGGCUGCCUUAUGGAAGCUGCCCUGUAUCUUUAUUUGUGAAAAUAACAGAUACGGCAUGGGGACCUCUGUGGAGAGAGCAGCAGCAAGCACAGACUAUUACAAACGAGGAGACUACAUCCCAGGUCUUCGAGUUGAUGGUAUGGAUGUUCUGUGUGUUCGAGAAGCCACUAAGUUUGCAGCUGAUCACUGCAGAUCUGGAAAGGGUCCAAUUUUAAUGGAGCUUCAGACUUACCGUUAUCAUGGACACAGCAUGAGCGAUCCUGGUGUAAGUUAUCGUACCAGAGAGGAAAUUCAGGAAGUAAGAAGUAAAAGUGAUCCGAUCACCCUUCUCAAGGACAGAAUGUUAAACAACAACCUGUCUAAUGUGGAGGAAUUAAAGGAAAUUGAUGUGGAAGUACGGAAAGAGAUUGAAGAAGCUGCUCAGUUUGCUACCACCGACCCUGAACCUCCACUAGAAGAAAUUGCCAAUCACAUUUAUCGCAAUGAUCCCACGUUUGAUGUCAGAGGAGCAAAUCUCUGGAUCAAAUACAAAUCCGCCAGCUAAAUCUCUUCAGUCCUCCUCUGGUCAAUGUUACCUGUUACUUUAAGGGCAUUUUAAUGGGUGCUGGGUUAUGUUUGCUCCUCACUGCUGGGUUGAAGACGCACUGCAAUUCUUCAUGUCCCACCAGUAACAUCAUCCACUUUAGACUUUGUUUUAAUACAUAAGGACUUGGCAUGUGUUUGGAUAAGAAGAAAAUGCCUUAAUGUUUUCAGACUGAAAGCAGAUCUGCAUCCAUUUUAGUUCAGUGUAAUCAUUAGAGAGAACUCGUGCUUCAGGAGACCCCCUUUUCUUCCAUGGUUUUCCUUCUGAUUCUGGCUGGGCAAAGUUCUCUUAUAAUGUAAGUUAGAAGCUCCGCCUUCUUCAGAUGAAAUGUUAUAUAUUUAUAGGAUCCUGAACUUAAAGUCUUGCCAUUUAUACAUGUGCUGAAACAUUUAUUAUUCCGUUUCAUUAAAACUGGCCUCAACACAA